UUGAAACCUAAAAUUGAAAUUGAAAAUCCGUUAUAUUUCUCCAUCACCAUUUUUCAUUCGUUUUUAGUUCCUUUUUAUUGCUUUGCAGGCUUCAAUGGAUCCCUACUACGAACAGCGCCUGAGAGAAGAAGUGAUCUACCUCCACUCCCUGUGGUACCAGGGCCCGCCAACACCCAAAUUCCCAAAACCCAACCCUACUACCCUCCACCCCACAAACCCUACCCAGUUCAAGAAAAGGGGAACCAAACCGCUAAGGAAUCGGAACAAAACCCAGACGGAAUCUUCAGAUUCCGGCAUUGAAUGGCCCUGCAAAACCCCACCAAAGUCGCCGGCGGCAACCGAUUCCGGCUGGCCCAGUCUCCGGCCCCCGUCUAAUUCCGAACCCCCUUCAAUAACCCCCGAACAACAAGCCCGGCUGGCUUCUGAUCAGGCCCACAAAGCGGCGUUGAAGGCUGCAAGUAAAUUUCUCAGCCGCGGAGACAAUUCUGAUGAUGAAAGCACAGAUGAAGCCGAGGAGGAGGAGGAUGAGGACUCAGAGGGAGAAUGGGGGGCGAAGUUGGAAUUUUUCGUGAAAUUGUUCGAGGAUGAUAGCGGAUUGAGGGAAUACUAUGAGAAGAACAAUGCGGGCGGAGAGUUCAGCUGUCUGGUGUGUUAUGCGGCAGGGAAGAAAGGCUGGAAAAGGUAUAAAGACUGCGUGGCUUUAGUUCAACAUUCCAUUUCUGUAACCAAGACGAAGAAUAGGCAGGCUCAUCGCGCAUACGCCCACGCCAUUUGUAAGCUUCUUGGAUGGGACAUUAAUCGCCUUCCCUCUAGUAUUGUCUCAGGAGACAAUCAGCUUCGUCCUUGUUCUAAUAACCCGGUUGAGGGUCAGGAGAACGAUACCGGCUCUGGUAAAGAUGGGUUAAAUGUUCCAGGUAGUGAUACAGAGCUUAUGAGUAUUAGUGUUGAUGGCUCUAAGGGGUCUGCUAAUAAUGAAAACGCUGGAGCUAAUGAUGGUGGAUCUGCACUGCUUGAGAGUAACAUUGACAACCAUGUUAAUGACGAGUUGAAGCUCCCCGAGUGUAUUAAGGAUGCUGUGAAUGUUAAUACUGGCGAAGUGCUUCUUGAAAAUGAGUCCACUAACAAUGAAAACUUACGAGAUAACAUUAGCAGCUGAGGUGCAGUUUUAAUAGAGUAUUGUAUUUUUGGCGUUGUUAAACAGAUGAGCAGAAAUGUUAGAAAGAAAGAGGAGGAGGCCAUUGAUGGUAGAAAGAGAUUAAGGGAGGGCCUGUUUUUGGGACUUGCAGUGGACACAUACAUUUUGGUUGUGUUUGCGUGUAUUGGUUGAGAGAGAGAGAGAUAGAUAGAUAGAUCAUUUGAUGGGGGAUUGAUUGGUUGAUCAUGUAAUGCUGUACGUUUAUUGAUCAGAUUUGUGAAGUGUAUAUUUGAUAAAUUUUUAAAUAAUGUAUAAAGAAGAAUAGCAACCUGACAUGGUUGGCAACGGGCGGGGAAUGUGGUUCUUAUCCUCGCCCCCGAAUUUAUCUCCCGCUCCCUGAUCCCGCCUCGUUCCUGGCUGGGAUGGGGAACUACCCCAUUCCCGUUCCCGUGUUGCCAAGCCAAUGCUAGCAACAUUAAUAUUAUAAUUAAUUCUGAAUUAUUUUUGUUUAA